CUGACCUGGACUGGUCCAACGACAGAUAAAGUAUCGUGUUUCUGCGAAUUCCAAUCGUGCCUUGAAACCUUCAGCACAACCUAUUGGGUGAAGAAGCGAGUGCGUACCGAUGACGGGCGAAGGGUUGUAUACCUAAGCCAUUCUCUACCGUCAAUCUUCGCAAACUUAGGCGAAAUAUUUGCUGGACCACUGUCAUGUGAGGGACCAAGAUCGGCUGUCGCCGAUGACUAAGUCUCAAAGGAUCUCACCCCGAUUCCACCUCUCACUUUAACACCAGCUCGAAAAUAACUGUCUUUAUCUCAAUGUGUGGCCGUUUCGGCCUGCCGCAUCUCGUGGGUGUCUUAGCCCCUUAAUACAUUGGAGACCCGCAGAAGCGGUUCCUUAGUCAAUUAGCUACAUAAACGUCUCCUACCCUUAUCUUGGUGUUGAGAGGUUCAUGGAUGAAAACCGGUUUAGCGGAAGAUACAAUAUUGCACCUCGGUCGAAUAUCCCUGUCAUCAGGCGUGAAUCAACACCCCCCGAGGACCCUCACGCUCGCAUGGGUUCACUUAUUCUGCACACCAUGAAAUGGGGAAUUGUUCCCCACUUCACUAAACAUGAUGGUUCACUGAAUACCAUCAAUGCGCGAUCUGAACAUCUCAUGGAUGGUACCUCCGCUCUCUGGAAUUCUCUUAAGAGCAAGAAGCGGGCACUCGUGCCGGCACAAGGAUACUUUGAGUGGUUGAAAAAGGGGAAUCAUCGAAUACCUUAUUUCACCAAGUAUAAGGAUGACCACCUGAUGCUCUUUGCUGGACUGUGGGAUGUUGUAUAUCAUGAAGGAUCUCAAGAGCCAUCGUUCACCGUCACAAUUGUCACGACUCAAGCCUCCAAGAGGCUGGCCUUUCUGCAUGACCGCAUGCCGCUUAUUCUGUCUUCACAAGAAGACAUUGAAUUGUGGCUGAGCCCGGAAGAUUGGUCCCAAAAAUUGUGUGGACUACUUCACUCCAAUGAAUCGGAUUUUGACUGUUAUCCUGUCCCUAAAGAGGUUGGGAAAGUUGGGACAAACAGUCCCACAUUCUUUUUGCCUGUCUCCCAACGUAGGGAUGGCAUAGAAGCAUUUUUUCAGAACCAGAGAAUGAAGGUAGAAGAUACACAAUCUAGGUUGCAUUUGAGCCAAAGUCAGCAUGGUCCAGCAGAUGAGGAUGAUGAUCUGAUGCUCCCCAAACCAAAGAAGCAGAAGAUUGAUGGAGUACACAAACAGCAGAAUGGGAAAAUUACAGAAUAUUUUCCUAAGAAAGGGUGAAGACCUGUCAGCCCUUGCUGCUAAUUUUACACUUGGCUCCAAAGUUUUUGCAUGGCAUGUGUUGUAUUUACAUUUGUAUGCUGGACCUUAAGUACAAACAAUGAUCAUUGAAGUAAGAGGGAA